UGGCAUGCUCUGAUAUUUAUCUUUGUUCUGUCAUCACUAAGUUUACCACACCUAACCCAUGAUGAGAAACGGUGGUGUAUGAGUAGGUAUAAAAACUCUCGUUACAGGACUCCUUGAGCAUCUGUUUCUCCAGGAUGACUUGUCUCCAUUUCUAGGUUCCCAAAUCAUUACCAUGAAGUUGACCUCUUUGUACUUGGUUGUGACACUUUGUGUCCUCUGCAAAGAUGGUGAAGCCUCAUCUAACAGCACAGAAUCAGAAAAAGGAUCUCAUAUUCCAGAAGCAACUCCAAAAUACUCAGAAACAGAUGCCAUUAUUGGUGAAGCUUCCACUUGGGGCAAAGGAGCAUACAAAGCUUUCAACGGCCGCAUCUUCUCCUUUGAAUCGUCGUGCACGUACACUUUCUGCCGCCACUGCGCUGACUCUGGAGAUUUCAAUAUUGAGAUCAAACGGGGCAAUGAGAGUGAGAUUGAAAAAAUAACGGUUAUGAUUGACAGUAAUGACGUCUCUAUUUCUGGCGAUGCCAUCUUAGUUAAUGGAGAAAGUGUACAGCUGCCAUAUAACAAUAAGCUGAUUCACAUUAAAAAAUAUGGAGAAUAUAAUAUCUUGAAUAGCCGUAGAGGAAUUUUGUCUUUAAUGUGGGACAAAAAUAACAAGCUCUCACUCACUCUUCACAAGCAGUAUCCAACCUGUGGUCUUUGUGGUAAUUUCAACACCACUCCAGGAGAAGAUAUCAAUGAGCACAUUGCCAAUAGCAAAAUUACUGGUGAUUGCCCCAAAGCUCUUAGUAAAAACUAUGAAGUUUGUGAAGAUGGAGUACAGCACUGUAACAAAAUUAUUGGAACCUACUUUGAGAAAUGUGGAAAGGUUAAUGCUUUGUCCAGUGACUACAAAACGAUCUGCAUUGAUGAAUACUGCCGAAAAGGAGAUAAGAAGUCCGCAUGUGACACUUACUCAGAACUGUCCCGCCUUUGUGCCGCAGAUGGUCCUGGCACCUAUGAAUCCUGGAGAGAAGAUUCUGAUGUGGAUUGUGAAAAACCUAGCUGCCCAGAAAAACAUAUCUACAAAGAGUGUGGCCUCGCAAACCCUGCAACUUGUUCUAAUGUGGCUCCUUUUCAAGACAGUGAAUGUGUGAGUGGCUGUACUUGCCCAGAAGGCUAUCUAUUGGAUGAUAUUGGAGAGAAAGGGAGAUGUGUAUUGAAGGCUGAGUGUCCCUGUGAGUCUAAUGGAAAAGUCUAUCAGUCGGGAGAAGUCCGGAAAGGACCCUGUGGUUCUCAGUGCACAUGCCAGGAAGCAAAGUGGUCUUGCACCGAAGCGCUGUGUCCUGGAAGAUGUAAGGUGGAAGGAAGUUCAAUUACUACCUUUGAUGGUGAAAAAUAUAACCAUCCUGGGAACUGUCACUUUUUGGCCAUCCACGAUGAAGAUUGGUCUGUUAGUAUCGAGCUUCGUCCAUGUCCAAGUGGUCAGUCAGGCACAUGCUUAAAUAGUGUUACACUCCUCUUGAAUUCGUCUGGUUCAGUUGACAAAUAUAUAUUCAAUAGAAAUGGAACAGUCACAAAUGACAAGAUUGGAGAUCAAAAUUACUACUAUUCAGACAAAGUACAGAUAUUCAAGCCAUUUUCCUCAUACUUGCAAGUAGAAACAAACUUUCAUGUAAAAAUGCAAAUACAGAUUCUUCCCGUGAUGCAAUUAUAUGUUUCCAUGCCACCCAACCAGUUCACAGACACAGUGGGACUCUGUGGUUCCUACAACAACAGAGCUGAGGACGAUUUCAUGUCAAGUCAGAAUAUAUUGGAAAAGACAUCACAGGCAUUUGCUGAUUCUUGGGAAAUGAUGUCCUGUCCUAAAGGAAAUCCAGCUUCAUGCAUCAGUAUAGAAACAGAAAAGUUUGCUGAAAAGCACUGUGGAAUUCUUCUUGAUUCAAGUGGGCCUUUUGCUUCCUGUCAUGCAAUUGUGAAUCCUAAACCAUAUCAGGAGGAAUGCAAAAAACACACAUGUACUUGUGAAAAUAGUCAAGACUGCCUGUGUGCAAUUUUAGGCAACUAUGCAAAAGCAUGUGCCGAGAAGGGAACAUACAUAGUGGGGUGGAGAACUGGACGAUGUGAUUACUCUUGUCCAAGUGGCCUAGUUUUCAAGUACAAUGUAAAAGCCUGCAAUAGUUCUUGCCGAUCAUUGUCAGAAAGGGACAGAAGCUGCGAUAUAGAAGAUGUUCCAGUGGAUGGAUGUGCUUGCCCUGAUGGGAUGUACCAGGAUAGUGAGGGAAACUGUGUUUCCAGAUCUCAGUGUGACUGCUACAUAAACAACAAGGUCUUGAAACCAGGCAAACUCAUCCAUAUUGAAGACAAUAAAUGUGUCUGUGAGGAUGGAAUUAUUCUUUGUCAGACUCCCAUUGAUUUAAUCCAACAGAAUUGCUCUGGAGGGGCCGAGUAUGUUGGCUGCAGUGAUCCUAAGGCAAAGAGAAGAGUUGACCGUACAUGUAGCACUCGGAACAUACCUAAUUUUGAUGAGAAUUUGUCUUGCAAACGUGGGUGCUAUUGUCCGGAAGGAAUGGUUCGAAAUUCUAAAGGGCAAUGUGUCUUUCCUGAUGACUGCCCAUGCUCCUUUGGUGGACGAGACUAUGACCAAGGAAGUGUCACCUCAGUAGGCUGCAACGAAUGUACUUGCAUAAAAGGAUCUUGGAACUGUACACAAAAUGAAUGUCAAACUACCUGCCACAUCUAUGGGGAAGGUCAUGUUCAAACUUUUGAUAGAAAAACUUACAGCUUUGAUGGCCUCUGCCAGUAUUCAUUUGUUGAGGAUUACUGUGGUCAUGAAAAUGGCACAUUCCGUAUUUUAACUGAAAGUGUCCCAUGCUGUGAAGAUGGGCUCACCUGCUCAAGAAAAAUCAUCAUUGCCUUUCAGGAUCAGAAUGUCAUCUUGCAUGAUGGUAAAGUAACAGCAGUCAAAACUACAGAAAGUAGGGAAUGUGAACUCAAUGGAAAUGCAUACUCUGUACAUACUGUCGGCCUGUACUUGAUUCUGAAAUUUGUCUUUGGAGUAACCGUGAUUUGGGACAAAAACACAAGAGUGUCUGUUAUAUUGGAUCCUCAGUGGAAUGGCAAAGUGUGUGGUCUUUGUGGAAAUAGUAAUGGUGACCUCAAAGAUGAUUUCACAACACGGCACUCUUCAGUAGCCACUGGAGCACUGGAGUUUGGAAACAGUUGGAAAACUACUCAAGAAUGUUCAGACACUGUAGCUCAAACUUUCCCAUGUGACUCAAACCCAUACUGCAAAGCCUGGGCUGUGCGGAAGUGUGAGAUCAUCCGGGACAACACUUUCAGAGACUGCCAUAACAAGGUGGACCCCAGUGCUUACUACGAUGCAUGUAUCGAAGAAGCCUGUGCAUGUGACAUGGAGGGGAAGUACUUGGGAUUCUGCACGGCUGUGGCUAUGUAUGCAGAGGCAUGUAGUGCUGUUGGGGUCUGUGUCACAUGGAGAAAACCGGAUCUUUGUCCCGUCUACUGCGAUUAUUACAAUGCUCCUGGAGAAUGCAGCUGGCACUACGAACCUUGUGGGACAGUGACAGCAAAAACAUGCAAAGAUCGAGUUAUUGGUCAGAAAUUUUCUGCACUUUUAGAAGGCUGUUAUGCUAAGUGCCCAGACAGUGCUCCUUAUCUGGAUGAGAACACUAUGAAAUGCGUCAGUUUAUCUGAGUGCAGCUGCUUCUACAACGACGUCAUACCAGCGGGUGGAGUGAUCCAAGACAACUGUGGGAGAACCUGCUAUUGCAUCGCAGGAGAGUUGGUGUGUAGUGGAACUCCGUCUCCAAAUUCAACAUCUACAGUUUCAACUACAACAGCUACCUCCAUAUUAAGCAACGAAACAGCAAUCCCACUGGUAACCAGUAGCUCAGGCACAGUGUCUUCCAUUUCAGGGAGUACAACAUCAAGCAGUGAAACAAUAGGUGUUACAGGAACUCAGUUUCCCAUCACUGUCACAGCUGGAAGUGCAGGAACGACAGAAGUAGUGGGUCCCCUCUUCACCAGUCCUUGGCAUGUAUCAGGGACCACAGGAGCAUCAGCAGAUGCAACAACAGAAGCCAAAACCAACAUUACAGGCAACACAGGCUUCAGAGAUGCUGGAUCAGGGGCCCCUACUGUACCAGCGAUAGAACCCAAAGAAGACACUACACCCAGAGAACCAAGCACAGGAGCAGCAAGCCCAGGAAAUUCAGGCGCCUCAGGAGAAUCAGAGGCCUUCACAAUAGCAGCUGGGAUCGAAGGCACCACUGGAGGCUCAACUGCCCCAGGCACAGCCUCUGGAGGGACAACUGGACAAUCAGCUGAAGGAUCAGAUGCUACAACAGUACCAUCCUCUGGAGUGACAGGAAUAUUGGGACCAACAUCUGGAGGAUCAAGAAAAACUGAACGACCAUCUGAAGUAACUGGGACUAAGGAAACAAUAGCAGGAAUGACAGGGACAACUAGGACAUCACUUGGGAAAUCAGGAACAAUUCAAUCAUCUGCUGAAGGAACAGGGACACUGUCAUCUUCUACAGAAUUAGGAAAAUCUGCAACAUCAGCUGCAGUGGCAGAAACAACUGUCCCAUCAAGUGGAGGGUCCAUCACCACAGGAUCAUCAUCUGGAUCAAGAGGAACAACGAGAUCAUCUGUUGCAGCUGGAUCAGGGGCCCCUACUGUACCAGCGAUAGAACCCAAAGAAGACACUACACCCAGAGAACCAAGCACAGGAGCAGCAAGCCCAGGAAAUUCAGGCGCCUCAGGAGAAUCAGAGGCCUUCACAAUAGCAGCUGGGAUCGAAGGCACCACUGGAGGCUCAACUGCCCCAGGCACAGCCUCUGGAGGGACAACUGGACAAUCAGCUGAAGGAUCAGAUGCUACAACAGUACCAUCCUCUGGAGUGACAGGAAUAUUGGGACCAACAUCUGGAGGAUCAAGAAAAACUGAACGACCAUCUGAAGUAACUGGGACUAAGGAAACAAUAGCAGGAAUGACAGGGACAACUAGGACAUCACUUGGGAAAUCAGGAACAAUUCAAUCAUCUGCUGAAGGAACAGGGACACUGUCAUCUUCUACAGAAUUAGGAAAAUCUGCAACAUCAGCUGCAGUGGCAGAAACAACUGUCCCAUCAAGUGGAGGGUCCAUCACCACAGGAUCAUCAUCUGGAUCAAGAGGAACAACGAGAUCAUCUGUUGCAGGUUCAGACACAACUGGACAUACAUCAAACACAAAUGAAGAAGGAACUGGAAUGCCAGGGAUAACUGGAUCAUCAUCUGAAUCAUCAUCAACCACAGGCCCAUCUACUGGAGAAGCAGGAUCAGCAGGAACACCUUCCGGAGGUUCAGGAACCACUGCAUCAUCACCUGAAAAGUCAGGGACCACUGGACCAUCAGCUGGAGGUGCAGGAACGAGUGGUCCAGGAGCUGGAGCUGGAGUGUCAGGAAGCCCUGGAGUAACACCUGGAGGGUCAGGGACCACUGGUUCAGCUGCUGGACUUCCAGGCACAGCUGGGUCAACUCAAGCAGGAUCUGGGACACGUGGACCAUCAGCUGGAGGAUCAGGGACCACAGGCCCAUCUACUGGAGAAGCAGGAUCAGCAGGAACACCUUCCGGAGGUUCAGGAACCACUGCAUCAUCACCUGAAAAGUCAGGGACCACUGGACCAUCAGCUGGAGGUGCAGGAACGAGUGGUCCAGGAGCUGGAGUGUCAGGAAGCCCUGGAGUAACACCUGGAGGGUCAGGGACCACUGGUUCAGCUGCUGGACUUCCAGGGACCACAGGCCCAUCUACUGGAGAAGCAGGAUCAGCAGGAACACCUUCCGGAGGUUCAGGAACCACUGCAUCAUCACCUGAAAAGUCAGGGACCACUGGACCAUCAGCUGGAGGUGCAGGAACGAGUGGUCCAGGAGCUGGAGUGUCAGGAAGCCCUGGAGUAACACCUGGAGGGUCAGGGACCACUGGUUCAGCUGCUGGACUUCCAGGCACAGCUGGGUCAACUCAAGCAGGAUCUGGGACACGUGGACCAUCAGCUGGAGGAUCAGGGACCACAGGCCCAUCUACUGGAGAAGCAGGAUCAGCAGGAACACCUUCCGGAGGUUCAGGAACCACUGCAUCAUCACCUGAAAAGUCAGGGACCACUGGACCAUCAGCUGGAGGUGCAGGAACGAGUGGUCCAGGAGCUGGAGUGUCAGGAAGCCCUGGAGUAACACCUGGAGGGUCAGGGACCACUGGUUCAGCUGCUGGACUUCCAGGCACAGCUGGGUCAACUCAAGCAGGAUCUGGGACACGUGGACCAUCCGCUGGAGGAUCAGGGACCACAGGCCCAUCUACUGGAGAAGCAGGAUCAGCAGGAACACCUUCCGGAGGUUCAGGAACCACUGCAUCAUCACCUGAAAAGUCAGGGACCACUGGACCAUCAGGUUCAGGAACCACUGCAUCAUCACCUGAAAAGUCAGGGACCACUGGACCAUCAGCUGGAGGUGCAGGAACGAGUGGUCCAGGAGCUGGAGUGUCAGGAAGCCCUGGAGUAACACCUGGAGGGUCAGGGACCACUGGAUCUGGGACACGUGGACCAUCCGCUGGAGGAUCAGGGAGCACAGGCCCAUCUACUGGAGAAGCAGGAUCAGCAGGAACACCUUCCGGAGGUUCAGGAACCACUGCAUCAUCACCUGAAAAGUCAGGGACCACUGGACCAUCAGCUGGAGGUGCAGGAACGAGUGGUCCAGGAGCUGGAGUGUCAGGAAGCCCUGGAGUAACACCUGGAGGGUCAGGGACCACUGGUUCAGCUGCUGGACUUCCAGGCACAGCUGGGUCAACUCAAGGAGGAUCUGGGACCCCUGGACCUUCCGCUGGAGGAUCAGGGACCACUGGCCCAUCUACUGGAGAAUCAGGGACCACUGGACCAUCAGCUGGAGGUGCAGGAACGAGUGGUCCAGGAGCUGGAGUGUCAACCACUGGUUCAGCUGCUGGACUUCCAGGCACAGCUGGGUCAACUCAAGCAGGAUCUGGGACACGUGGACCAUCAGCUGGAGGAUCAGGGACCACAGGCCCAUCUACUGGAGAAGCAGGAUCAGCAGGAACACCUUCCGGAGGUUCAGGAACCACUGCAUCAUCACCUGAAAAGUCAGGGACCACUGGACCAUCAGCUGGAGGUGCAGGAACGAGUGGUCCAGGAGCUGGAGUGUCAGGAAGCCCUGGAGUAACACCUGGAGGGUCAGGGACCACUGGUUCAGCUGCUGGACUUCCAGGCACAGCUGGGUCAACUCAAGCAGGAUCUGGGACACGUGGACCAUCCGCUGGAGGAUCAGGGACCACAGGCCCAUCUACUGGAGAAGCAGGAUCAGCAGGAACACCUUCCGGAGGUUCAGGAACCACUGCAUCAUCACCUGAAAAGUCAGGGACCACUGGACCAUCAGCUGGAGGUGCAGGAACGAGUGGUCCAGGAGCUGGAGUGUCAGGAAGCCCUGGAGUAACACCUGGAGGGUCAGGGACCACUGGUUCAGCUGCUGGACUUCCAGGCACAGCUGGGUCAACUCAAGCAGGAUCUGGGACACGUGGACCAUCAGCUGGAGGAUCAGGGACCACAGGCCCAUCUACUGGAGAAGCAGGAUCAGCAGGAACACCUUCCGGAGGUUCAGGAACCACUGCAGCAUCACCUGAAAAGUCAGGGACCACUGGACCAUCAGCUGGAGGUGCAGGAACGAGUGGUCCAGGAGCUGGAGUGUCAGGAAGCCCUGGAGUAACACCUGGAGGGUCAGGGACCACUGGUUCAGCUGCUGGACUUCCAGGCACAGCUGGGUCAACUCAAGCAGGAUCUGGGACACGUGGACCAUCCGCUGGAGGAUCAGGGACCACAGGCCCAUCUACUGGAGAAGCAGGAUCAGCAGGAACACCUUCCGGAGGUUCAGGAACCACUGCAUCAUCACCUGAAAAGUCAGGGACCACUGGACCAUCAGCUGGAGGUGCAGGAACGAGUGGUCCAGGAGCUGGAGUGUCAGGAAGCCCUGGAGUAACACCUGGAGGGUCAGGGACCACUGGUUCAGCUGCUGGACUUCCAGGCACAGCUGGGUCAACUCAAGCAGGAUCUGGGACACGUGGACCAUCCGCUGGAGGAUCAGGGACCACAGGCCCAUCUACUGGAGAAGCAGGAUCAGCAGGAACACCUUCCGGAGGUUCAGGAACCACUGCAUCAUCACCUGAAAAGUCAGGGACCACUGGACCAUCAGCUGGAGUGUCAGGAAGCCCUGGAGUAACACCUGGAGGGUCAGGGACCACUGGUUCAUGGUCCACCCGACUCCCCUUCCCUUCACACAGUGAUCAUCAAAGUGUGCUUCCCAAUCCAACAGCAUCUACUUGUCCUGAGAACAUUUCAGAAAUGCAGCUCUCGAGGUCCACCUCUGUAGAGCAAUCAGAAGCACUUAAGAGUGGAACCCAGCACACUGGAUCAGGGGCCCCUACUGUACCAGCGAUAGAACCCAAAGAAGACACUACACCCAGAGAACCAAGCACAGGAGCAGCAAGCCCAGGAAAUUCAGGCGCCUCAGGAGAAUCAGAGGCCUUCACAAUAGCAGCUGGGAUCGAAGGCACCACUGGAGGCUCAACUGCCCCAGGCACAGCCUCUGGAGGGACAACUGGACAAUCAGCUGAAGGAUCAGAUGCUACAACAGUACCAUCCUCUGGAGUGACAGGAAUAUUGGGACCAACAUCUGGAGGAUCAAGAAAAACUGAACGACCAUCUGAAGUAACUGGGACUAAGGAAACAAUAGCAGGAAUGACAGGGACAACUAGGACAUCACUUGGGAAAUCAGGAACAAUUCAAUCAUCUGCUGAAGGAACAGGGACACUGUCAUCUUCUACAGAAUUAGGAAAAUCUGCAACAUCAGCUGCAGUGGCAGAAACAACUGUCCCAUCAAGUGGAGGGUCCAUCACCACAGGAUCAUCAUCUGGAUCAAGAGGAACAACGAGAUCAUCUGUUGCAGGUUCAGACACAACUGGACAUACAUCAAACACAAAUGAAGAAGGAACUGGAAUGCCAGGGAUAACUGGAUCAUCAUCUGAAUCAUCAUCAACCACUGGUUCAGCUGCUGGACUUCCAGGCACAGCUGGGUCAACUCAAGCAGGAUCUGGGACACGUGGACCAUCAGCUGGAGGAUCAGGGACCACAGGCCCAUCUACUGGAGAAGCAGGAUCAGCAGGAACACCUUCCGGAGGUUCAGGAACCACUGCAGCAUCACCUGAAAAGUCAGGGACCACUGGACCAUCAGCUGGAGGUGCAGGAACGAGUGGUCCAGGAGCUGGAGUGUCAGGAAGCCCUGGAGUAACACCGGGAGGGUCAGGGACCACUGGUUCAGCUGCUGGACUUCCAGGCACAGCUGGGUCAACUCAAGCAGGAUCUGGGACACGUGGACCAUCCGCUGGAGGAUCAGGGAGCACAGGCCCAUCUACUGGAGAAGCAGGAUCAGCAGGAACACCUUCCGGAGGUUCAGGAACCACUGCAGCAUCACCUGAAAAGUCAGGGACCACUGGACCAUCAGCUGGAGGUGCAGGAACGAGUGGUCCAGGAGCUGGAGUGUCAGGAAGCCCUGGAGUAACACCUGGAGGGUCAGGGACCACUGGCCCAUCUACUGGAGAAGCAGGAUCAGCAGGAACACCUUCCGGAGGUUCAGGAACCACUGCAGCAUCACCUGAAAAGUCAGGGAGCACUGGACCAUCAGCUGGAGGUGCAGGAACGAGUGGUCCAGGAGCUGGAGUGUCAGGAAGCCCUGGAGUAACACCUGGAGGGUCAGGGACCACUGGUUCAGCUGCUGGACUUCCAGGCACAGCUGGGUCAACUCAAGCAGGAUCUGGGACACGUGGACCAUCCGCUGGAGGAUCAGGGAGCACAGGCCCAUCUACUGGAGAAGCAGGAUCAGCAGGAACACCUUCCGGAGGUUCAGGAACCACUGCAUCAUCACCUGAAAAGUCAGGGACCACUGGACCAUCAGCUGGAGGUGCAGGAACGAGUGGUCCAGGAGCUGGAGUGUCAGGAAGCCCUGGAGUAACACCGGGAGGGUCAGGGACCACUGGUUCAGCUGCUGGACUUCCAGGCACAGCUGGGUCAACUCAAGCAGGAUCUGGGACACGUGGACCAUCCGCUGGAGGAUCAGGGAGCACAGGCCCAUCUACUGGAGAAGCAGGAUCAGCAGGAACACCUUCCGGAGGUUCAGGAACCACUGCAUCAUCACCUGAAAAGUCAGGGAGCACUGGACCAUCAGCUGGAGGUGCAGGAACGAGUGGUCCAGGAGCUGGAGUGUCAGGAAGCCCUGGAGUAACACCUGGAGGGUCAGGGACCACUGGUUCAGCUGCUGGACUUCCAGGCACAGCUGGGUCAACUCAAGCAGGAUCUGGGACACGUGGACCAUCAGCUGGAGGAUCAGGGACCACAGGCCCAUCUACUGGAGAAUCAGGGACCACUGGACCAUCAGCUGGAGGUGCAGGAACGAGUGGUCCAGGAGCUGGAGUGUCAGGAAGCCCUGGAGUAACACCGGGAGGGUCAGGGACCACUGGUUCAGCUGCUGGACUUCCAGCAGUAAGUACAGUUGUUUUAAACAGGGCUAUGAAGGUUUUCUCCUCAAGUGAGUGCCAUCCAGAAAUGUUUGUGCUUUUCCGUGAUGACAUAGUAAUUAAAAUAGAGAAUCGGCCUUUAGAAACAGCAGCUGGAUCAGGGGCCCCUACUGCACCAGCGAUAGAACCCAAAGAAGACACUACGCCCAGAGAACCAAGCACAGGAGCAGCAAGCCCAGGAAAUUCAGGUACUCCUGGUGUCGUCCCUGGAAAAACUCUGGAACCUGGAACUUACACCACAGAUAAUAUGCACGGAUACUCUAUAAUAACCAUUCUACCUGGGAGUUCCCACACUGAUAGGUUAGCAAGAAGAAAUCUCAAUACUUUACCUCCUAAUAUAGUUUGUAGAUCUGCUUGGCACAGUGUCAAUGUAAUUGUCUCCUUGUAUGUUCCAUCCUCCGACCUCACCACACCCAUCUUCUGCCUUCAGAGGCCACGACGUCGACAGAAGGCAGCGGCUCUUCUGGCGGUUGGUCUUCUGGUAGUGGAUCCAGUCCCGGUACCACUGGGGCUACCUCAGGCACAGCUGUUAGCCCGGGCACUUCCAACCCAGGUACCACCGGGCUUGCCCCUGGAGCCACCAGCGGCUCGCCAAAUGGCCAGCCAGGUGCCACAGGGCAAUACCCGAGGACAACCCUUCUACCCGGGAGCUCCCACACUGAGGCCACGACGUCGACAGAAGGCAGGGGCUCUUCUGGCGGUUGGUCUUCUGGCAGUGGAUCCAGUCCCGGUACCACUGGGGCUACCUCAGGCACAGCUGUUAGCCCGGGCACUUCCAACCCAGGUACCACCGGGCUUGCCCCUGGAGCCACCAGCGGCUCGCCAAAUGGUCAGCGAGGUAGGUUAUGAGAGUGUGCGAGUCCCAGAGGUCCAUCUCCUCAACAAUACAAGAAUAUCAAAAAUCCCCAAAGAUAGUAGACCUGCUUGGCACAGUGUCAAUGUAGUUGUCCUCUCGUAUGCUAAAUCCUCCGACCUCACCACUCCCCAUCUUCUACCUUUAGAGGCCACGACGUCGACAGAAGGCAGCGGCUCUUCUGGCGGUUGGUCUUCUGGCAGUGGAUCCAGUCCCGGUACCACUGGGGCUACCUCAGGCACAGCUGUUAGCCCGGGCACUUCCAACCCAGACGCCACAGAAAUCCUCGCAGAAAGUGAAACAACCCAAGACGGAGUAGUUACAGGUACCACCGGGCUUGCCCCUGGAGCCACCAGCGGCUCGCCAAAUGGUCAGCCAGAGGCCACGACGUCGACAGAAGGCAGCGGCUCUUCUGGCGGUUGGUCUUCUGGCAGUGGAUCCAGUCCCGGUACCACUGGGGCUACCUCAGGCACAGCUGUUAGCCCGGGCACUUCCAACCCAGACGCCACAGAAAUCCUCGCAGAAAGUGAAACAACCCAAGACGGAGUAGUUACAGGUACCACCGGGCUUGCCCCUGGAGCCACCAGCGGCUCGCCAAAUGGUCAGCCAGAGGCCACGACGUCGACAGAAGGCAGCGGCUCUUCUGGCGGUUGGUCUUCUGGCAGUGGAUCCAGUCCCGGUACCACUGGGGCUACCUCAGGCACAGCUGUUAGCCCGGGCACUUCCAACCCAGACGCCACAGAAAUCCUCGCAGAAAGUGAAACAACCCAAGACGGAGUAGUUACAGGUACCACCGGGCUUGCCCCUGGAGCCACCAGCGGCUCGCCAAAUGGUCAGCCAGGCAGUUCUAUCACACCAGGGAGUCCAGGGUUGGGGAGUGAAACAGUUGAAGGUGACAUGAGGUCUCCUUUCUUUUUCACUGAGAUAUAUGGGAAAGGAAUCUCCAGUAGCCUCAGUGCCACAAGGGGAUUCUCUGAGACAACCAUUAUCCCUGGGAGUUACCAGACAGAGGCCACGACGUUAACAGAUGGCAUCGGCAGUCCCAGCACGGGAGCCAGACCUGGCACCACUAGGCUAGCCCUUGGCACAACUGUUGCCCCUGGCAGUUCCAACACAGGGGCCACAACUUCUGUAGAAGAUGGUAGAACAAGAGUUGGAAUAAUUACAGAAGCCACGACUCACACAGGAGGCAGUGGGACUACCCAGGGAAAACUGCCAGGAGGUAUCACUGAAGAGUUUCCUGGGACGACGAUUACAUUUGGAGGUUUUAACACAGGUACCACUACAGCAGCUUCUCGCACUGCAGUUGAACCUGGGAGUUCAAACACAGAAGCUACAUCGCCCUCUAGAGGCAGUGGAACCACAGGAAUCAAUACAGGUGAGCUGGUGGACUUCUUUACCCCUCUGCUUUCUGAUGACACUGCUCUACUGGAGUGGCCCCUGGCAGGACCGUCUCACCUGGAAGUUCCAACACAGAGGCUUCUCCUCAGUGUCAAAUGGAAUAAAAACAAGCCCAAAAGUGGAUGUACUGGAAUGAAUUGUCUAAUCCACACAAAGCUUUCCUUGAGGAUGAAUUUGUGUGGUUAUCUGUACACUCACAUAUGCAGAAACUUGAUAUGCAUACGUGUCAUUCUAAUAAAUAACAUGACAAUGCCAUCCUUUCACUUCUUUUCAGAAACCAUGGUAGUAGCCACAGGAAAUCAAGAAACUGGAAAUAAAACAGGAUGCCCAGCAUCACUUCCACCACCUCCAGUUUGCCAUGGCCCACUGGGAGAAGAGAAAUCCCCUGGAGACAUCUGGACUGCUAAUUGCCACAAAUGCACCUGUACCAAUGCAAAUGCUGUAAAGUGUAAGCCCAAGGAAUGCCCUUCUCCACCCACAUGCAAAACUGCAGAGAGGCUUGUGAAGUUCAAAGAUAAUGACACCUGUUGUGAAAUUGGAUACUGUGAACCAAGAACAUGUUUAUUUAACAAUACCAACUAUGAGAUUGGUGCUUCAUUUGAGGACCCCCAGAACCCCUGUGUCUCCUAUUCCUGCAAUGAGGCUGGUUUGGUUGCAGUGGUUCAAGACUGCCCAAGGCAGACCUGGUGUGCGGAAGUAAACCGAGUCUAUGAUUCAAAAAAAUGUUGCUAUACAUGUAAUACUAGUUGCAGGACUUCACUGGUGAAUGUCACUGUUAAGUACAAUGGUUGCAAGAAAAGACUUGAGAUGGCAAGAUGUGUAGGGGAAUGCAAAAGGACCAUCAGGUACAAUUAUGAUACCUUUCAGUUGGAAAAUUCCUGCCUUUGCUGCCAAGAUGAAAUGUAUGAGUACAGAGAAAUUAUUCUUGACUGCCCCGAUGGCAGUACGUUGGCUUACAGAUAUAGGCACAUCACAAAGUGUUCUUGCUUAGACAAGUGCCAUACGUCUUCAUCUAUGUCCUGACAGGCCACUUAAUGUUAACAUUGCCUUUCCGGUUGUAACUUGCAGGCAUUUAUUUUACAAGUGAACAAAACUAAUCACCCACUUGUGAGAAUAACUAAAGAUCUGUAUCUCAAUCAAAAGGUGAAUUCUCAUUCUAAGACAUUUUCUUCUGCCGUUGACCCAAUCUGGAAAAAUAAAUAUAAUUUUGCAAGCA